UCUCCCUUCAUCUCACUCUCCCAUCUUCCGCCACCUCAACCCUCCCUCCCCACCAUCAACCCUUUCAACAGCCGCUUUCACGGUCUCUUACUCUACUCCUGCAUCCACCCAAUCCAACAGUACAAUAAUACUGACUUCUCAUGGAAUUACCGCCAGAAAUUGGUUCGCGAUAAGCCCCCUCCUGAAUAAAUCCUCGCCUUACCCAACCAAACCACAUUUCCUACUCUUUCUCUCUCUGUGCUUCUCCUGAAGUUAUGGAGUCCCAGUUUCUCUCACGCGCCACCUCCUUCGCCGGCGGCAUUCCCUCCCUCCGCAAGUUGCACAGAGACGCCACCACUAACAGCCACCAUGUCGCCUUCGUUCACACUAGGCCCAUCGCCGAGGGAGCCAACUUGAUCUGGGGAAGACAACUCCGCCCCUCUUUGCUCCUCGAUACGCCGCAUCUUGUCUCGGCUAAACGUGAGACUAUUCGCCCUACCUUUGCGGCGGCCUCCUCUUCUCCAGCCGGAGGUAGCGAUUCCGCCGGAGAGGCGAAGGUUGCUCCGGUAGGUUUCCUCGAGAAGUACCCGGCGUUGGUCACCGGAUUUUUCUUCUUCAUGUGGUACUUUUUGAACGUGAUUUUCAAUAUCCUCAAUAAGAAGAUAUAUAAUUACUUCCCCUAUCCAUAUUUUGUGUCGGUGAUCCAUUUAGUUGUUGGGGUUGUGUACUGUUUGAUAAGCUGGGCAGUGGGUCUUCCUAAGCGAGCACCUAUUGAUUCAACCCUCCUGAAGUUGCUGAUCCCUGUAGCUUUCUGUCAUGCACUUGGCCAUGUCACUAGCAAUGUCUCAUUCGCAGCUGUUGCUGUCUCAUUCACUCACACGAUCAAAGCUCUGGAACCAUUCUUUAACGCUGCCGCUUCUCAAUUUAUUUUGGGGCAAUCCAUUCCCAUUACCUUGUGGCUUUCAUUGGCUCCUGUUGUCAUUGGUGUGUCAAUGGCAUCCUUGACUGAGCUUUCAUUUAACUGGACUGGUUUCAUUAGUGCUAUGAUUUCCAAUAUUUCCUUUACCUACAGAAGCAUUUAUUCAAAGAAAGCCAUGACUGACAUGGACAGCACGAACGUCUAUGCCUAUAUUUCCAUUAUUGCUCUCCUUUUCUGCAUUCCACCUGCUGUGAUCGUGGAAGGACCUCAACUGCUAAAGUUUGGUUUCAAUGAUGCCAUAGCCAAAGUUGGUCUAACCAAAUUCGUCUCAGAUCUCUUCUGGGUAGGAAUGUUUUAUCACCUUUACAAUCAGUUAGCAACCAACACCUUGGAGAGGGUAGCACCACUUACUCAUGCAGUUGGAAAUGUGCUGAAACGUGUAUUUGUGAUUGGAUUCUCCAUCAUUGUCUUUGGUAACAAAAUCUCUACACAGACUGGUAUUGGAACCUGCAUUGCAAUUGCAGGAGUAGCUCUUUACUCUUACAUCAAGGCUAAGAUGGAAGAAGAGAAACGACGAACAAAGGUGGCUUGAAGAAGCAUUGGAUGGAGGAGAUGGGAAGCUUGGAAAUGAGGGGAGGAUUUGGUGUUGUAAAUUUUAAAAUAAUAAUUCCAUCAACGUGAAAACGAAAAAAAAGAAGUUAUUUUGGAAGUAUUCGAUCAAUUUUUAUUGAUUCUGAGCUCAGACAUUUGUUGAUUUUGUAAUUAUCCAACGUUGUCUCAUUUUAAAGCCUUUUUAAUUUUAAAACUAUGUCGCUUCUCGGCACAUUGCAAGAACCUUUGCUUUCAAUAACAUCCCAAAAAUUAGUCAAA